AUGACUCUGGUAUUCAUCUUUGUCUCUACAAACCCAUUUACACUGUUUGCUGACAUAGAAAAAAGAUUGAACACAGCUUUGCAAGAAUUGGUACUUGCUAAAGUUCAAUUGACAAAUUUGAAGCAAAAGUACGAAAAGCUCAAAAAUAUCGAUGAAAUACUGAUCGAAAAGGAGCGAGUCAAAGAAUUGUUGACAUCGCAAAUAAGCGCAUAUGAAUCUAACAUUGAGCAACUGGCAAAGAUGUACACUGAUGUGGACCCAGAAAUCAGCAAAUUUUUUGAAAGUAACAAUUUUGAAGAUCAGAAUCUUUCAGCUGAAUCAAUUCCAGAAUUAUACGCUUCUAAUGGUGAUUUGACAGUCAGCUUUAACUUGUCAUCUAGUUUAAAGCAUCUCCGUAAUGACAGUGCAAACAAUACAAAUAGCGAAAACGAACAAAUUUCAUUAGAAACGUCUAAUGAAGAUAUAUAUGAAACACCUGAUCAAUCAGCAGAAUGGUGA